UAUGCUCUGAGGUUAGUGUACCCUAGCUAACGUUUUUUGGCAUAAAAAAGGAGACGUUGGCUAGCACUUCCGGUUUCGUAUUUUCAAAAUAAGAGUUGAUCCGGUCUUCGUCAGCCAACCCGGAAAGAGGGCUUGCCGUGAUCUGGACUGAGGCGGAUGAGACCAGAAACCUUUGUUCUGUCUCUCCUCCUAAAGCGAGAUUUAAAAACAAGACCCUGUCCAUGCCUCCUGCAAAUGUACGCUCGCGUUUUUGUGGGUUGGCGACCACUGAUGGAUGUUUUAGUAAUUAGAAAUUAGCUGAAUUUAUUUAUUAGGCUUUCUAAUAUUUUUUCCUGAUCGCUACAACCCGAGGGGGGACAUCUGCUCGUUUUUUUCCCUGUCAGCUGCUAAAUGGAAAUAAAACGUGGAACUGAAAGUGGAAGCAGUCGAGGUAAUGAUCCUCCAGUCCACUAUCUACGGCUCCUGGCCCCACCCUUGCAGCUUUUAUCCGCCGCAGUGUGGCAAGUAGUGCAGCAGGGACUUGUGGACCACUAUGGGAUGCUGGAGGAGUUUGUUACCAUGGUGACUGAACUGGUCCCAGAGCUGAUGAGCUACAGUCAGAGAGCUCAGCUCAUCCUAGGACUCAGGGCCAGGUUGGUUCUGGAGAUGUGUCGAGGUGAGCACCCAGUGGACAUGCAGACCAUUCAGCCACAUCUGGACAGAAUUAAAGCUCCUGUCAGCACUGCCAAGGAUCACCAUAUAACCAUAAACCAGGUGGAGGAGUCUGAGGUGAACUUUGUGGAGUUGGUGCAUUCAUUACUGGAGGAUCCCUCUGAAAGAAAAUAUUUUUUCCAGGAAAUCUUUCCUGUAUAUUUUGGCUCAAAGUAUGAUGCUGCACUCGAGAUGCUGGUGUGGGAGUUCAUAUCAAGGUUGAAGGAGCUGCUGCCAGUUCCAGACUUCACACAGUUGGCAGCUUUUCUCGAAAACGCUCCGUCAUUCCUAGACGACUGUUUACAAUCCUUUUUCCCGCCAGAGGACAUGAAAGCUGUACUUGAACACCACAGGAACCUCGGUCAUUUUGAAGAGAAAGAUUCUAGAUUAUUACCCAUGGAUGACUGCAUCCUCUCCUCCCUGUCUCUGCCUCCUGGGACCAAACCUGUCACAAACACCACCUCCUGCUCACCUGCUCUCAACGAUUCAAACCCUCCAGAGCACAAAGGAAGCCUCGACGCUCCCUUCAACACAAGCAGCCUGGAGAGGCCGAGCAGGCGGAGCUCUGAGACACUGAGACAAAGACUGAAGGAGACGAAAGACUCGGGCAGCUGGCAGCUGCAGGGUAGAGGCGGGAACAUUUCUCAAGAGAGGAAAGUGCAAAACUCAGUUAGUGCACAAACAUGUGAUGAAACCAUAGACCUCACUGCGUCUAAUGAGACUGCCUGCACGGAUUCAGCAGCCAGUGAAAAAAGCCAAAGCUUGAGAGGAGGGAGGAAGAGGAAGCUGAGCGAAGACAUCGACAUUCCCUCAAAACAGCCAACAGAGGCGCCAACCUUCCUAGAUUCUCCAGUGGAUGAUGAGAAUUCAGGUGAAUCUCCUCUGAUCUCGAUUUGGGGAGAAUAUACAGACUCUCAGGAAGGUUCUCUCCCACUUGUGACGGACAUGAAAGUCCCCUGGUCGGACGAGGAGACGUUCAAUCUGCUCGACAUCUGGGGGAAGGACUCGGUGCAGCGGGCUUUGAAGGGCUGCUUGAAGAACCGUCACAUAUUCACGCAGAUCGCUCAGAAGCUGGCAGAGAGAGGCUACAUGAGAACGGUGGAACAGUGCCAGACCAGAAUCAAACGACUUAAGAAAUGCUUCCGCCAAAACAGCAAAGGGAAUUCCAGGCUGGAGUAUAAAUUUAACGAGCAGCUGAAGCGGAUACUCAGCUCCUCUUCUCCCUCCGCUGUUCCUGAGGUCACAUAUGAUGUAGAUGAGGUCAUUGAUGAAGAAGAGUCCCAAGAUGGCGAGGAAGAAUUGCAGUUUCUCGGCCAAACGAGCCGACCAGAAACCGGAACUAGAAGUGUUCCGUGGACAGACUUGGAGACGCUGGCGCUCAUCUACACAUGGGGUGAAGACAAGUUGCAGCAGGAGCUGAGAGGAGUACACAGAACCGGACACAUUUUCUCCGUCAUAUCCAGCAAGAUGACGGCCCAAGGCUUCUCCCGAACGCCGGAGCAGUGCCAAACGAGGCUGAAAAGGCUGAGAUCAAAUUUCAGGCAAUGCUACCAAAACAACAUGAAGGGACAGGAGCAAGUUCAGUGCAAGUUUUACAACGAACUGGGAACCAUUUUAGUGAAGGACUUCUCUUCAAUGCAGCAGCUAGAGGAAAUACCAGGAGAGCCUGAAGACAGCGACUUCCCGUCCUUCUCCCAUCAGGAUAUCGGUAAAGGAGAGCCUGCUGUGGGUGUUCAGGAAGACAGGAGGAAAGUCCCCUGGUCGGACAAAGAGACCAUCAUCCUUCUGGAGAUCUGGGGAGACCCACAGGUCCAGCAGAGCAUGAAACGCUACCCACACAACGGUCACAUUUUCACCGAAAUAUCGGAGAAACUCGGCGCCAACGGCUACUUCCGCAGUCCAGAGCAGUGCCUCACCAGGAUCAAACGUCUGAAAGCCAACUAUCGACAGUGUCAGGAAAACAUGAGCUCAUCUGGGACCGACAGAGUCGACUUUAAAUUCUAUGAUCUGCUGGAACAAAUCCUGGACAAGCAGCCGUCAACGUCCUCCACCGUGGUCACAGACUCCAUCGAGAUAUCAGAAGACUCCAAUAGUGAAUCAGUGACUGAAACAGAUGGGGACAUCUCCAUGUCAACGGAGAAAUCACCAUCUAGCUCGUGGUCCGAUGAGGAGACCCUGGCGCUUAUCGAGAUCUGGGGAGACGAAGACGUUCAGAAGGUGCUGAGGGGUUUCGUCCACAACGGACAUGUUUACGCCGAUAUUGCGGAGAGAAUGAACGACCUCGGCUACACAAAGACGUCGGAGCAGUGCCGCUGGAAAGUCAAGUCACUGAGGAACAACUUCCGACAGUGCUACGAGAGGAAGAAAUGUGGCAGAAGAGUCGAUUAUAGAUUCUACCACCAGCUGGAGCAAGUUCUCGGACAGGAGGCGGUUUCUAUUGAUGAGUACGAUGAAAGAGACGAACAAAUAGACCAGGAUCCAGUAGGCACAGACGGCGUGAACACAGCGUGGACGGAGCAGGAGACGGUGGCUCUGGUGGAGGUGUGGGCUGCAGACGACGUGCAGGACAGCCUGAAAACGUGCGUCCGCAACGGGCACAUAUUUGCCGACAUAUCGGAGAAAAUGACCUCCAUCGGAUACAUGAGGACAGCGGAGCAGUGCCACUCGCGGAUCAAAAGGCUGAAGAAGAGUUACAGGCGUUUCUGCAACAGCAGGAGAAACGGAGGUCGGGUUACCGUGUUUCGAUACUUCAACCUGCUGGCUCCGGUGCUCGGUGAGGACUUCAUGUAUGCUGAUGUGGACACUACCGCUGCUGACACUGCCUUACAACCCAUUAUGGACAAGGAUCCUGACAUGUACGAGCAGCCCUCAGCCAGCCACCUGUUGGCCGACCUGAGCAGAAAGAUGCCCUGGUCGGACCAGGAGACCCGCACCCUGCUGGGGUUCUGGGGUGAAGACAACAUCCAGCUCACCCUGAGGGGCUGCCUGAAGAACCGCCAUGUGUUCGAGUACAUCUCUGAGAAGAUGAGUGACGCAGGAUUCAUCAGGACCUCAGAGCAGUGCUACACCCGCAUCAAGCGCCUUAAGCACGGCUUCCUCCAUGAAAAGGAGGAUUUUAAAUUCUUCAGUGAGAUGGAUGAAAUCUUCAGGAGGGAGCUGAAAGUGGACGUCCCAGUCACAGACGUGUCAGUGCCAGAUGAGCCGGAUGAGUUGCCUCAAAGGAAAGUUGCCUCAGGUGCCCAGUGGUCGGCUGACAGCUCUAAGCAGGCCUGGAGCGACGGGGAGACCGAGGCCCUCCUGGAGAUUUGGGGGAGCGAGGAGAUCCAGGAGAACUUGAAAGGCUGCACCAAGAACAAACACAUCUUUAUCCAGAUCUCUGAGGUCAUGGCCAGCCAGGGCUACAUGCGCACUCCUGAGCAGUGUCAGACCAGGAUAAAGAGGCUGAGGGCCAAUUUCCGACAAUUCCUAGACGGCAGGAAAGGAGACAAACAGGAAUGCAAGUGGUUUGACCAGAUGGUGCAAUUAUUUGGCAGCAAGUAUGUGAUAAACUCUGACCCCCUGGCCGAAGAUACUGCCGAUGGCGAAGAGACCUGAAACUGUCCGUCAUCAGAGUCAAAGCAGGAGGACACAACAGCUGCAGACUGACAGAAGAACAACCAGAAGGAAAAAAAGGGCGGUGUGCAGGUGUUUACAGAAGCCUCUGUACAUACUACAAAUACUUUUACAUUCUUCAUACACACAGGUUGUAGUGGUGUGUGUGUGUGUGUGUGUGUGUGUGUGUGUGUGUGUGUGUGUGUGUGUCCCUCCACCAGAGUGUCUUUGUAUUAUUUACAACAGAGCCAUGACACACUAAAACCAGGAAGCUCAGGGCGUGAGGGACAGAAGUGAAUCUCUGAUCUGAAGCUGGUGGGAGCCACAAAAUGCUCCUCCAAAAAACAUGUUUUUUGCUAGUAUUUAAUUAUUUUGUACUUGAACUAAAAGUGAGUGAAUCAAAGCACAUGUAAAAGAAAUACACGCAAGGCCUCUGUUACUUUAACCACAGUGUUGUUUGCUUUUUGGUCUAAAUUCAGGUCUCGCUUGUUAAAUCUUCUCUUGUUGAACUUGUUUACUUUGUUUGAAAUGUGAAGGAUGAAAGUUGAAUUUGUUAGGCUACUUUCUUAUUUUUUACACUGUAUAAGUUGAUCUUUUCCAGAAUUUUAUUUAUUUAAAUUAUUGUUUACAUAUGUAUUCCAAAGUUUUCAAUUUACUUUAAAUAUGCUAUUAAUUUCAAACUUUAUGGAAGCACAUUUUUCCACAAACGUGUUGAGGUUUUGUCCCACCAUUAAAAGAAA